AUGGGAAGUGCCACUGUUGGAGAUGCCACCACUGCAGGAGGUGACACCGCUGGAGAUGCCACCAUCGGGAAUGUCACCACUGGGGAUGUCACCACUGUAAGAGAUGCCACCACCGUGGGAGAUGCCACCGCUGUGAGAGGUGACUCCAGUGCGGAAGGUGACACGACUGUGGGAGAUGCCACCACUGCAGGUGCCACCACUGUGGGAGAUGCCACCACCAUAGGAGAUGCCAUCGCUGGGAGAGAUGCCACCGCAGCAGGAGGUGACUCUGCUGCAGGUGAUGCCACCGUGGAAGGUGCCACCACUGUGGGAGGUGACACCAAUGCAGGUGAUGCCACCAUCAUGGCAGGUGCCACCAUGGAAGGUGCCACCACUGGGGGAGAUGCCACCACCACGGGAGACGCCAUCGCUUCGGGAGAUGCCACUGUAGGAGGUGCCACCACCGGGAGAGACGUCACCGCUGUGAGAGGUGACACUGCCUCGGGAGAUGUCACUGUGGGAGGUGCCACCAUGGGAGAUGAUGUCACCAUGGGAGAUGACACCAUGGGAGAUGCCACCAUGGGAGAUGAUGUCACCAUGAGAGGUGCCACCAUGGGAGGUGAUGUCACCAUGGGAGGUGCCACCAUGGGAGGUGCUGAUGGUGGAGGUGACACCGAUGCCCUGGGAGAUGCCACCAACUUGGGAGGUGCUGCUGGCUGGGGACACAGAAUUGCAAAAGAUGCCACCACCGGAGAUGCCACCACCGGAGAUGCCACCACUUCGCACGAUGUCACUGCCCCGGGAGAUGCCACCACCGUGGGAGGUGACGUCCAGCACGUUGUCACUGCUGAAGCCACCGUGAGAAAUGCCAGCAGUGCGGCAGAAGCCACCAACUGGGAUGUCACUGUGGGUGGUGGCACCGCGGGAGGUGUCACGGCGGGAGGCAGCGCUGCGGCAGGAGCGGUGGGAGAUGCCACCAUGGGAAGUGUCACCAUGGGAGGUGUCACCAAGGAAAGUGUCCUUGUUGGAGAUGCCGCCAUGGGAGAUGUCAUCGUGGGAGAUGUCACCAUGGGAAGUGCCACUGAUGAAGGUGCCACCAUGGGAGGUGCCACCAUGGGCAGUGUCACCGUGGGCGAUGUCACCAUGGGAGGUGUCAGCAAGGAAAGUGUCCUUGUUGGAGAUGCCACCAUGGGAGGUGUCACCGAGGACAAUGUCACCAUGGGCGAUGUCACCAUGGGCGAUGUCACCAUGGGAGAUCCCACCAGAGCAGAUGCCACCGUGGGAGAUGUCACCAUGGGAAGUGCCACUGUUGGAGAUGCCACCAUGGGCAGUGUCACCAUGGGAGGUGUCACGGAGGGAAGUGUCCUUGUUGGAGAUGCCACCAUGGGAGGUGUCACCGAGGACAAUGUCACCAUGGGAGAUGUCACCAUGGGAAGUGCCACUGUUGGAGGUUCCACCAUGGGAGGUGUCACCAUGGGCAAUGUCACCAUGGGAGGUGUCACCGAGGAAAGUGUCCUUGUUAGAGAUGCUGCCAUGGGAGGUGUCACCGAGGACAAUGUCACCAUGGGAGAUGCCACCGUGGGAGAUGUCACCAUGGGAAGUGCCACUGUUGGAGAUGCCACCAUGGGCGGUGUCACGGAGGAAAGUGUCCUUCUUGGAAAUGCCACCAUGCCAGAUGUCACCGAGGACAAUGUCACCAUGGGAGAUGCCACCAUGGGAGGUGUCACAGAGGAAAGUGUCCUUGUUGGAGAUGCCACCAUGGCAGAUGUCACCGAGGACAAUGUCACCAUGGGAGAUGCCACCAUAGGAGAUGUCACCAUGGGAGAUGUCACCAUGGGAAGUGCCACUGUUGGAGGUGCCACCAAGGGAGGUGUCAUCAUGGAUGAUGUCACCAUAGGAGAUCCCACCAUAGGAGAUGCCACCAUGGGAGGUGUCACCAUGGGUGAUGUCACCAUGGGAGGUGUCACCAAGGAAAACGGUCUUGUUGGAGAUGCUGCCAUGGGAGGUGUCACUGAGGACAAUGUCACCAUGGGAGAUGCCACCAUGGGAGGUGUCACGGAGGAAAGUGUCCUUGUUGGAGGUGCCACCAUGGCAGAUGUCACCGAGGACAAUGUCACCAUGGGAGAUCCCACCAUAGGAGACGUCACCAUGGGAGGUGUCACCAAGGAAAGUGGCCUUGUUGGAGAUGCUGCCAUGGGAGGUGUCACCGAGGACAAUUUCACCAUGGGAGAUGUCACCAUGGGAGAUGCCACCAUGGGAGAUGUCACCAUGGGAGAUGUCACCAUGGGAGGUGUCACGGAGGAAAGUGUCCUUGUUGGAGAUGCCACCGUGGCAGAUGUCACCGAGGACAGUGUCACCAUGGGAGAUCCCACCGUGGGAGACGCCACCAUGGGAAGUGCCACUGUUGGAGGUGCCACCAAGGGAGGUGUCACCAUGGGCGAUGUCACCAUGGGAGUUGCCGCUGUUGGAGGUGCCACCGUGGGAAGCGUUGCCGUGGCGGAUGCCACCGCGGGCGAU